AGUUUAGGCGCAAUUUUCCAAGCAGCGAUCGGGACGCUAGUUUCGGAAAAUAAAAACAAAUUCCAAGGGAUUCAACUAGACUAAUUAAACGAAAAAGUUUGCUCAUCAAACGUGAGGAUGUCGGCCUCAAGUGGCAAGAUCAUGAUUCCGGUGGAAUCACCAGCAGAACAGGAGGUAGAGCAUCAGAAAAAUGCCCGGAAACUACUGAGGAAUGUCCAGAACGUGCCCGCAAUGAACAAGGAAAACUUAGGAAAGCUGAACAAGCUUCCGGCCUAUUUGGCCCAGAAGGAACUGGCCAAGAAAACGCUAUUCUCCGAUGCAAUGGAAGCAAUCGAACUGAAACGGAAGAAGACUACCGUCCAGUCCCAAUCAUGCCAGACCUCUCCGGAGAAGAAACUGUCCACAACAGUAAAACCCAAAAUUACCGUUGAGGACCUCACGUCGGAGGAAGGUCCCAGCGAGCAGUACUGGGAAGUUUUAGCGGAAAGGCGUCGGAUGGCUUUGGAGGAAUCUCUGGCAGAGAAUAUGGAGCUCUACGAUAAGGUUAAUGGUCUGGAAGAGGAAUUAAGCCUAUCUAAGGAGAUGCUCCAGGAGGCUCAAAAUCUGGUUGAAAUUUUGACCGAAAUGCUACAAGAGGGCGAAGCGGAGCAGGAUGAGGCCGGUAGCAGUAAGGAUGGCAUCAACCUGGUGGACGACAGCGGUGUCCCAGCAGAACCAGAGAUACACAGUGAUUGCGACGAUGAUGAUCUGUAAGGUUGCAGGUAUCGGGAUUGUUCUGAUUUUUAUUGACAUGCCUCGAAGUCGUGAGUUUUUAUAUGUAAUACCAAUUAUGCGGGAUAGAGAUCUACGGUUCCGUAAAUUUCUACUGUAAAUAGUCGAAAAGCAUUUGGAACCAGACCUGAACGAAUAUUUUUUUUCGUGUGGGAAAAUUGUUCUAAUGUAAUAACCAUAUUAACUUAAUCAUAAUUUUCAUCCUGACAAGGAAUUCAACGGAAUGUUUCUACUCUUACCAUUCAUUUGUAGUACAUAGUUGUUCAUCUGUAGAAUUAUGCGUGAUCACCACUGACCCAAUUCUGAACUAAGUUUGCUUUUUGUUGUUUUGAAGAAAUAUAUGUGUGAAAUCGAAAGAAGUUUAGCGAUUUCUUUGGUGAAGAAAUAAUUUGAGAACAUUAUAUUUUGUUUUUUCAAGUAGGAAAAUGUUUGGUUCUUUAUUAUCAAUAAAUUAUUACAAUACAAUAUCAUAAAUUAGAUGUGGAAUGUAAGCCUUUUCCAAUCAUCAGUCUUUACUGGAAGAAUUGCAUAUCCUAAUCACUAAUCUUUGGGAUUUACGCUGAAAUCUAUAAUAUCAACUGGGAUUUCUCUGCCUCAACCGGCCGCAACGAAGCGUGAUUCACCAACCGGACGUCAUUGUC